AAUUUCAAUUAAUUAUCUGUAGUAAAUAUAAACAAAUGGAAAAUUAUUUAUUAUCUUUGGAAGGUUAGGAUUUCGUUGUCAGUUCCUUCGAUGCGUUAGGUUAAGUUAUAUUUGUAUAUAUAAAUAAAACGCUACUUUACACGUGGUGCUAAGAAUUAAUUAAUAAUCAUGGUACGAAAAUUAAAAUAUCAUGAGCAGAAAUUGCUUAAGAAGGUUGAUUUUAUAUCGUGGGAAGCCGAUAAUAAUUUACACGAAAUAAAAAUUCUAAGACGAUAUCGGAUACAGAAAAGAGAAGACUACACCAAGUACAACAAGCUAGCACGUGAAAUUCGUGAACUCGGUAAGAAAAUUAAAGAACUUGAUGCAGAUCUUCCAUUUCGAAUAGAACAAAGCGCACUGUUAUUAGAAAAAUUGUAUAUGAUGGGUCUUAUACCAACAAAAUGGGAUUUGUCAUUGACACAAAAUGUUAAUGCAAGUUCAUUUUGUCGAAGGCGAUUGCCAGUUGUUAUGGUACGCAAUAAAAUGAGCCAAAAUAUUAAAAUGGCUACACAAUUUGUAGAGCAAGGCCAUGUUAGAGUUGGAACAGAAGUUAUAAAAGAUCCUGCAUUUUUAGUAACAAGAAAUUUAGAGGAUUUUGUUACAUGGGUAAAUGCAUCUGCUAUUAAGAAACAUAUAUUAGAAUAUAAUGAUGCUGUAAGUAAUAUACCUGUUUUACAUACAACAUUUAGAUGUAUUGUAUUUAAUAACAUAUUGUUAUUAUUACAGAGAGAUGAUUUCGAUGUGGCUUGAUUC